AUGAGCCACCCGUCUCCCCAGAAGAACGGCGGCAACAACAUCCCCCCUCCUCGGCAGAUCCGCUUCGUCUCGACCGAUGGACAGCCCCAGACCAAACGGCGACGAGUGACCGCUGCGUGUCGGACAUGUCGCAAGCGCAAGAUACGAUGCUCCGGUGAACAGCCAGUGUGCAAAACAUGCUCCGAUUACAAUCAUGUGUGUCUAGGAUACAGCGAACCGCCUCAUAUUCGGCCUGCGUCCGAUGGCGCAUCACGACUCUCCGCCGCCCCCCCGGUAUCUGGACCGAGCGAUGGGGACCACUUGCGCGCGUCAGUGAAAGCGGAAAGCCGAUCGCCGGAUUCCCCUCCACGACCUACAAUACCACCUCGGGAUGACCUGGACAAAGUCGCCGAGAACUCGAAACCAUCCGAGCGGAAAGAGGGCUGCUCAGCAAGGGAUGUAUUGCGCACAGCUAAAGAAGCCGAACCGACCGCCGCGGGGGAAAGUCCAGAGAGCAAUCGCACCUCUCUGAGCUCCAGCGCUCGCACCCACGUCCCUUAUUUUCGAUAUUUCGGCCCGACCGCCAUCGUACCUGGUUUCAAGCAAAUGGUUGUCCAAGUGCGAGGCUCACGUAAAAGCAACCCUUCACUAUCAUCAGAAUCUCUAUCUCCCUUACGCAGUCCAAAAUUUGCCGAUGCAGGAAUUGGCCAUAUCAACUCCAUCACCGACACCCGCGACACUCGCGACGCCAACACUAUUCCUUUCUACGACCGAGAUGAUUCGUUGCCGGUUAGCAACUUAGUCAAACACCUAUGUGAUCUAUUCUUCGCCCAUCUGGGCUGCAACUUCCCAUUCCUCCAGCGCGAAAGGUUCCUUCGUGAUCUGAAAGACAAAAGGGUCGAUACAAUGCUUGUUGACGCUGUCUGUGCCUUGUCGGCGCGCUUUUCUCCUCACCCGCUGCUGAGUCCUCCUCAAGCUCCGCCGAUCGACGGCUCUGAGCCACAGCCAGACGUGCGCAAGUCUGAUCGUGGUCAGCCAUUUGCACAUCGAGCCAUGAGUGCUCUGGUGGAUUCUCUAUCCUGUCCGACGUUAUCCGUCGUCCAGGCAUGCCUUCUCUUAGCAUACGAGGAGUUCGGCUCUAAUCAUGACAGCGGCCUUUGGAUGUACCUGGGGAUCUCCAUUCGGAUGGCACAAGAUCUUGGGAUGCAGAAGCUGCAGGGACUGGAGUAUAGCUACGGCCAAAGUGGCGUGACCCCGAAUGCUGUGAUGACCGGACAGGCGGCAAAACUGAGGGAAGAACAAUAUGACGAUCCACGAGUGCCACACAGUCCCGUCAGAGGACCGCCCGACUACAGCGAACAGCAACGUGCUUGGGAGCGGGAACGGGUGGACACGUUUUGGAGCAUAUUCUUCCUCGAUCGCGUGAUAUCAUCGGGCACCGGGAGACCAGUGACGUUGCGGGAUGAAGACAUCGAGCUGUGUUUUCCCCUGCAAUCCGAAUCAGUCCUCCCCAACGGCUGGCCUGCUCCGUUCCCGCCGCUCAUACGCAUUAUACAUUUAUAUGGUCGAGUGACGGAUCUCAUCAAUGGAAUUCAAGACGUCAAGCAUGUAACCUCCGACACCCUCAAACGGUUGGCCGGAAUGGAGAGCGAUCUCACAGGAAUCUAUCAACGACUAUCUCCGAGGCUUCAUUUUAAUGCCGCCAACUUUCAGGCGUACGUGAAGGCGAAAGAAGGGACGAACUUCAUACUUCUUCACUUUUGGUUCCACACACUGAUCGUCUUGCUUCACCAACCUACGCUUCUCAAUUCAUUUGGUGGCACGAUACAGCAUCUCUAUCCGAACAGCAGGGAGCUCUCGAUGUCGUCGGCCAAAACAAUUGCCGAUAUCUUGUCUUUCUCUGAGCUCGUGGAUGGAAAGAGUUUCAUCGGAAAUCCGUUCACCAGCCAGCCAAUGUACAUCGCAGCGUGCGCUUUCCUAAUGGAGAGCGCAUACUACUCCUCGCCGUCCUCCAGAUCUGGUACUCCUCCCAGCCAGCCUUUGUUGACGAGUCAAUCCAGUGGUUUCGUGAUGCCUAAUAUGGAUUCAUCGAGCGGAUCAGACAGAAAACCAACCGCGAAACACAUCCUCCUUGCCUCUGCAGCCCGGGAAAAUUACCAGCGUUGCUACAAGGCCUUGAAAGCUCUGGAGACAUAUUGGGAAGGGACUAGAUACAUCAUCACAGUCCUAGAUCAAAAGGCUAAAGGGAUCGUUGACCCCCUGCUAUACACUACGGAAGAGAUGGAAAGUGCAGCUGAAACACCCUCGGUCCAACCCGUGAAUGCACAUGAUUGGCGAAGGGCAAAGGCCUCUCUUGGGGCUCCGAUCGACUCGGAGACGCCAGGAAAGACGGCUGACGCUUUAUCCGAUGGGAGGCGGUCUCCUCGAAUAGACCCCAGUCAAGCUAUCGGCUGGGCCCUUACAGGGGCUACCAACUCUUCACAGCCCAAUCUGAGCGUGUUAUACCAAAUGCCCGCUAGCCAGCCGGAAUCCGUGUCUAGCAAAGCCCCGGCAUAUUCAUCCCAGUACUCUCACAGCUACCCUACGCUACCUGUGCAGUCAGGCAGCGGUCAGAGCUCGAGUUCCUAUUCCCAGUCCCUAGAGCCGCCGAGAACGUCUGAUGCGACCCCCAAUUCGUCGGCUGCAACCGGGUCUGAGAAGUACUCGCCGCUCAAUUCUGCACGGGUGUCUACUUCUGACGCGAACCUUCUUUUGGGACUUAACGCCUCCUAUUCCAGCUCUACCUCUCGCCGACCGACUCAAGCUGCGUACAAUCCCAACAUGUCAUCGCGGAUGGAAGCUCAGGGGCCGGGGUAUAAUUAUAAUCUUCCUUCUGGGCCCGGUGAUCAGCAAAGCAGUGGCAGUCAUAUCGCCCCAAGGCCCUCUGAAUACCAUUCAGGCGCGGCAAUGCAGGCUGGGGAUAUAUUUAUCGAAAGUCAAGACAUUGAUAUGACCACCCUUCAGCAACAGGACCACCUUCCCUUCAGCUUCAAUGGGGAAAUUCUGCCCUGGCUUGAGUACCUUCCGCAGGACGUUCUCAACUACUUCGGAGAGAAUCAGAAUUAUCAAUUGAUGAGCCCGGGGGAUGGUUCUUCACGGCAGCCCCAGCCCAUUCCAAUGGAGGAUCCUCCCUACGAAGCCCAGGCGCUCCAACUCGCCCGUCCAUACUCCCCGACGCAAGAGCCAUCGGAGACCGCGCUUACGGCCAUCUCGCAGGACCUCGUCCACUAUGACGCGGAGCUCCACGGCCACGGGGACAUGCAAUUUCUAGGCCAGGACUGCGGGUACCAUUCGUCGGCCUCCUCCGCACAGCACUCCUCCAGCGACAUCUUCGGCGGCGACGACGAAGACGAGCCGCGCGACGGCAGCCACUCGCGCGCGUCCAGCCAUUCCUCCGUCUCCUCCAUCCCGGGCUCCGUACUGACCCACACUAUGGACGGGUUCAAGGCGUUCGCGAUGCGCGAGACAACCGCCAACGCAGCCCCGCCGCCGGCGCGCGCCUGGGACGACCGCGACGGCAAGGCAUACAGCCGCAUCCUGCACACGGUGCGCCAGCGCGAGGCAGCCUUCCGCAAGCCCAGCUCCGUCCGCGCGAUGCAGAUGCACACCGAGGACGAGGGCGACGACGACGACGACUUCCUGACGCCACCCAAGCGCAAGCCCGCCGGCCACCGCCUCUCCGACAUCUCCGCGCGCUCGGCCGCCUCGUCAUCGUCGCCUCUCAAGCGCGCCUCGCCCUACUACUCGCCCACCGGGUCCGGUGCCGCCAAACCCAAGCCCAAGAAAGAGUAUCCCCUCGUCCUGCUGCAUUGCAACCUGCUCCCGCCGUCGCUGCCGGUGCCCGGGCUGGUGGGGUGUCCGGACCAGAAGAUCCUCCAGGAGGUCCUGCCGCCCGAGUACUGGCGGCGGUGGAAGCGGCUGGAGGAGAAGGUCGGGUCGGGCGUCGUGCGCGACCGCGGCGUGCUGAUCUCCCACCCGGAGGAUAUGUACGAUGUGCUGGAGGAGCGGCUUCUGGAGAGUUUGGAGUUGCAGCGCCCGCGGCUGGAUCAUGGGCAUUUUGUGGGCCACGAUGCGGACUCGGAGAAGGAGGGCCACUCCACGACUGAUGAUGAGGAGGGCGAGGAGUGUCCGGAUUGCGGCGGCCGCGUGGUGCACCAUGUCGGCGCGGGGAGGAAGUGGGAAAUCCGGGUGUUUGCCGCGAAUGGGCUCAUGAAGGCGGGCGCCUGGGCCGCUGCGUGGAAGGAGAUGGAGAAGGUGGACGUCGAGGUUGGGCUCUGGCUGCCCUCGGAGGUUAGGCGGGAGCUAGAGAAGAGGCUGUUGGAGGUCGAGGGUACCCGGAACAGGAGUGCUAUGCCGGUGCCUCAACUCCACGAGCCGGUGUGCGCUCUCCAACCAAGCCUGGACAACCCGCGUACGCGUGAACCGACUCCUAUCCCUGCGCAAAGAUCCUCGUCGUCUGCUUCGGGUGCCACCAUGCGACAGGAACAGCAAGGCACGGAUAGAUUUUCCGAGCCCAGAAAACACGCGGCCGAGAUCGACCUUCAAACGCUGCUCGUGAACUACAUCCGGGUGCUGGCGGCCGACAAGCGCAAUGUUGCGAUUGUGGUUUUGAGCAUUAUGGUGCUAUUCUUUGCGAUCAACUUCCGACCCCGAGCGCUGGCGCCAGAAUUGCGACUGUUCCCCCAAGAUAUGAUGGACGUGGGCGAACUGCCAGUAAUGUCUGUGUCUCGGCCUUUGUCGUCGGUGACUCCAAGUCCAGCCGUGUCUACAGGCCUCAACCUGGAUGAGUCGGUGUCUUCCGUUGCGUUUUCUUCCAUGGCCCAAGAUCAUGCUGAAGACCCGGUGACUAGCCCUAGUCCCCCCGUUUCCACGGAUGUUAAUGUCGAUGCGCCGGGGUCCACCGUUGUUCUCUCGUCUGCUGCGGCCCAAGAGCAUAUCGCGGACCCAGUGACUACUGCUACUAAAUUCACUAUGGAAGAGAGCCCCGCAUCGGUGGGAGAAUUUAGUGAGCCCACACAGUUGGAGGAAACGCCUGCAUCUGUGGAACAACCGAUGGAGUCCGUUGCUCCAUUCGUUGAGCUACCGGUGGAGGAACAGGCGUUCGCAGAGCCGGAAAGAGAAGACUCAUCGACAGCAUCCGCGGUCGACGCAGAUCCACCAGUUGAGACGGAAGCGGUUGAUCCUCCAGAUGUUAUGGAAAUAGGGGAACCACCGGUGGACCUCGAGCAUGACGCUCGCACCGAAGGCCAGCAGCUGAUUUCCCUGGAUGAUUGA